CUAAGCUCUAGAUCCCUGCUGCCUCCUGCUUUGCUUCCUCCAGUGCCUCCUCCACCUCUUUCAUGUUCAUCAGCCAUGCCAGUGCCACCAUCAGUACCAAUGCCUGCCUCAUUCCUUAGACCCCCAACUCUCCUGCUGCGAGCUGCCCGCUGCAGCUGCUGCAGCAGCCUGUACUCCCAGGAUGACUUUAGACAGAGGAACAGGUGGAGCAGUGAUGUACCCAAGAACACCAAAAUGCGCACGGUGCCGCAAUCAUGGAGUGGUAUCAGCACUUAAAGGGCACAAACGUUUUUGCCGCUGGAGGGAUUGUGCAUGUGCCAAAUGCACCUUGAUUGCAGAACGCCAACGAGUCAUGGCUGCACAGGUGGCCCUCAGAAGACAACAAGCCCAAGAAGAAUGUGAAGCCCGAGGUGUGCAACAUUUCAUGUACUCAGGACCAGGAACAAAUGGAGGAGAAACCAUAGGACACAAAGCACCAGUAGCACAAGUUCCCAGUCAGCUGGAGAAUAAAGGAUCGGGUGAAUCGAAAGAAAAACAUGACCACCUAUAUGGAAGAUUAUUAAGCUCAUCCAUGCUUUCUCAAAGUUUGUCACAA